UGCUCAUUAGUUUGGGUUUGGGUGCCUCGAGUUCCUCUGUACAACCGAGCUCCUGUACGGAAAGCGACCUCUGCAUUCAAAGUCACGUGCACUGACCCCACUACAAAAACAGAUUUCACCGGCUACACCUGCGCCUCUCUGAAGAACCACCACAGACAAUCUAUUUCUUUCACUUUUAGACGAGGAGAACUGCACUGCGAGGAACUCUGACAAUUCCACUGACAGGUGAGAGGAGGAAGAUACCAAAUAAAGAUUUAAACAUGAAACUUGAAGUGUUUUCCGCAACCCACUUCGUUCCCUUGGAGGUGUGCAGUCACAGUGAUGCAGAGGGAACUGUCCCCUCUCCCCUAUCCGGGGAUGAGCUGGGCUCAGACGGGGACUGCGUGGCCAACAGUCCAACACCUGCCACCACGAGCAGCGCCGAUGGCAAGGGGAAGCCCUACACCCGCAGACCCAAGCCACCCUACUCCUACAUCGCACUCAUUGCUAUGGCCAUCCGGGACUCCGGCAGCGGCAAGUUGACUCUAGCUGAGAUCAACAACUACCUGAUGAAUAAAUUCCUGUUCUUCCGUGGCAGCUACACCGGCUGGCGGAACUCGGUGCGCCACAACCUGUCGCUGAAUGACUGUUUCCUCAAGGUGCUCCGGGACCCGUCCAGGCCCUGGGGCAAGGACAAUUACUGGAUCCUGAACCCGAACAGCGAGUAUACCUUCGCCGACGGGGUGUUCCGGCGCAGGAGGAAGCGCAUCAGUAAGUGCGGAUCCAGCGUUGGUUCCAAUAAGGACAUCAAGACCCCAGACGAGGAGACUCGCUUCUCGAGCACUCCAUCUGCGCCCUCCCGGGAGGAGAGGGUUAUGGGCGCUAAGUUCUCCAGCUCUUCCAGCUCCUUCUCCAUCGAUAGCAUCCUCAGUAAGCCCUUCAUAAGGAGGGACGAUAGAGACCACACUGAUGCAGACAGUGCAUAUACCAACCCCGGUGCCCACCGGUGCUACUGGCCCGCCGGUGCCCACCACAUGCUGCCCCACACACUGGGCUACCCACCCGUAUCCCCUGCUAUGGCGCACGCACACGCACAGCAGUUGUACCACCAGGCCAGCUCAGGCGCGUCGCGCAUGUUGCACGCAUAUAGGUGCAGCCUCGCGGAGCAAGCGGAGCACAGCAGGGACCCACGCACAGCUGUCCACAUGACGUCACAGGGCUACAUGCCAAACUCCGAUGCUGCUUUCUCCCGGGUGAAGAUGCACACAGCGCAAGGUGGCAGCUGUCAUCCUUUCCAGAUAGACUCAUUGCUCUCCUAAAGUCAACAUGAGGGACAAUACUGUAAUGAUGUAUCUUAGAUUUGCCAUGUUCACUCUCCUAUACGCUCUACGUUUUUCUAGUUUUAAAAAAGAAUUCAGGGCUUUGAACAGUUUCCAAUGAGAAGUCGUGUAGCAAGAAUGAAAAACGUAAUAUUUUCUUGUUGUCAAGUGACUUUAUUUCUGUCUGGUUAUUCCUAGGACCGAGCAAAUCAGUUGCAAUCGAAUGACAUGACAUUCCCCUGCGUGUGUGUGUGUGUGAGUGUGUGCGUAUGUGUGUGCGUGCGUGUGUGUGUGUGUAAGGUAAUUUCUACUGUAAACGACGGCUACCAUGUGCCAAACAUGAAAACAUAUAAAUAUUUGUGUUGUAGCCUAGUUUUGUAUGACUUGCUGCAAAAUAUUCAUUUAAAAUAUUUGUUCGAUUGUUGACUACUGCACAGAAAGGAAAUACAGCCUGUUUUCCUCAACAUUGAUUCAUGCACGAUAUUUUUCUGAGCGAAAAUAAAAAAAAUAUUUUGGAAAGAUUUAUCAAAGCAAACCACAAGUAUGUAUUCUUUAUUUUCCUUUGGUUGAAGCCAAGACAAGGGCAAUAAAAAGUAAAUAUUAUUUUUUUCUCCAUGAAGUAUACUUAAAGUGUGUUCGGAAUCAGGGGCUGGGAAAAGGUUUGCAUGUGCAUAAGGAAGGAAUGGGAAGAUCCCAUAACUGCCAGCAAAUAAGUGCAUAUAACGCCUGCAACUCUCGCGCUGUUUUGGCAUCCUUCUCACCCCACUUAAACCACUUAACUUCCAGAGGAACGAAGGUUAUACAUUCAUUUCAGACGUAUAUUUCCUACUCUGCAUAGCUAGGAAGCUUCAGUGUAAGGCACAAAUGAUGUAGAAAGGGGUAUACAUAAACAGAUCUACAUGUCACCCUUCUGUCUUCCUCUGCCUGCACGGUACGGCUAAAGAAGCAUGCAGGAUUGCUAGGCACAAAUUACAGGUCGGUUAAGCUAUUUCUAAAUAUUUAAGGCUUGUGAGAUCCGUCCCAGGAAUGGGGAGUGCUGAAUUAUGUCAAAUAAUUCAUGAAGGAUCAUUAACAUUAACUACAACACAAGUCUGGAAAGGACGUUCCAAGUGAGGAUGGGGUUUGCGUUGUACGGACAUUUCGCUUCACAAUAGCAGAUCAUGUGUAGUUAUAAUAUACAUUAAGUACAGUUAAAAUAUACACGUCUCCUCAAGCUCUAAGUAGUUGAAUUAAAACAAACUAAAACAUUAUUCAUAUUUGUCCUCCAAUUCGAGGACGGAAUCUCAGACUUGGGAAAACGUUGCUCCAUCUCCUAUGGUUUAGGGUAAAUUGUAACAGAGCAUGUCAAUCUAAAUAUGGCCUAUCCUAUUCAUUCAACAUUCUCUGUUCUGUGUCGUUCACAUGGGUAAUGUGCCCGGGGUCCGGGUCAACUAUAAACAAUGUACAAUCAAAUGUAGAGUGUUCAAAUAUGACUUUACUCUGUACAUAAACCUUGUAGGUUACACAAUAAUUAUUGUUUCAGUCACGCAAUUCAAAAUGUCUGUGUCAUACUGAAAUAAAUGUGUAUUAUAGUAAACAAUA